CGUAGAAGGAUUGUUUAUUUUCAGAAAACUGCAAGAAAUUAUCUGCAUAAAUGAGAGAGCAGGGCACUAUACUGUGGAUACUGUUCAACACUUUGGCUGCAUCAGUUCACACUUGGCACCUCCAUGAGGCCACCGUGUACUGGGAUGCUGCCCAGAAAAGGGUGAUCCUGAAGCAGGAUGUGAUGGAGACAGAGGGGGGUGCCUAUGGCUACUUCAAUGACACUCUGCAUUUGAGCGGAUGGGGCAUCUUGGAAAUUCGUGCUGGUUAUGGUGGUGGCAAACAGGAAGACGAGACGACUUUCUUCCUGGCCGGCUACCUGGAAGGAUACUUCACUGCUGGACAGAUGUUUAAUCAUUACACCAACUUGUACCCUCAGCUAAUAAAGGACGAGAAGGUUCUGGAUCCCUUGAAAAGAUUCUUCAGCAAACAGGACCAGUGGGCCAGAGAGCAGAUAAAAAUGAGAAAAAACAGCGACCCCCUGUGGAACCAUUUGGGAUUGAUCCUGGCCCAACUGGACGGUCUUCUAGCCGGAGCUGCAUUGUGGGCCAAUAGCAAACACAUGGAGCCUCUGUCGGAGUUCACUGUGCAGUUUCUGAAUAGCGUCGGCGACCUCCUGGACCUUGUCCCUGCUCUGGCACCUCGCCUCAAUUCUUUCAGUACGCCAGGAAUGGGCCACUGCACAGCUCUCAUUAAGGUGACGCCUGGCUUCGAGAACUUGCUGCUGGGCCACUCCAGCUGGUACAAUUAUGCAUCCACCAUGCGCAUCUACAAACACUGGGACCUCAGGGUGUCCGACAAGCACGCGGCCACUGGAAAGAUGUCGUUCAGCAGCUACCCUGGCUUCCUUACAUCUCUGGAUGAUUUCUAUCUGCUUGGUAGCCGCCUACUGAUUACUCAGACCUCCAUCAGUGUCUUCAACGCCUCCUUGUUCUCACAGCUCAGCCCUCACAGCCUGUUGGCCUGGCAGCGAGUCCGCCUGGCCAACAGCCUGGCGAGCAGCGGCGAAGAGUGGGCGCAGAUCUUCUCAAAAUACAACUCAGGUACGUACAACAGCCAAUACAUGGUGGUGGACCUGAGUAAGAUCUCACUCGGUCACAGCAUCAGAACCGGAGCUCUGACCGUUGUGGAGCAGAUUCCUGGGAAAGUGAUGCACUCCGACCAGACCCAAAGUUUACGUGGAGGGUACUGGCCGUCCUACAACAUUCCAUUUCAUGUGGAAAUCUACAACCUGAGUGGAUACAAUGUGCUGUGGAGAAGACAUGGACAGGAUUUCUCCUAUGACCUUUGUCCCAGAGCAAAGAUCCUCCGCAGAGACCAGGCCAAGGUGUUUGACCUCAAGUCCCUCAAGUACAUCAUGAGAUACAACAACUACAAGAGAGAUCCUUAUGCCAAAGGCCACCCAUGUAAAACCAUCUGUUGCCGUAACGACCUGUGACCAAGAAGACCAUGCCCGGGUGGCUGCUAUGACACUAAGGUGACUGACUACCAGAUGGCUCUCCAGCUAGCGGCGGAGGCAAUAAACGGUCCCACAACGCAGGGGGGGUUGCGACCAUUCACAUGGCUCUCCUUCAACCUCACCGCUCACGAGGGCCUUCCUCAUAAGUACAACUUUACUUUUGUCACCAUGAGACCCGCUUUGCAGCAGCCCUGAACGUCGCAUCUCUCCACUCCAUAUGAAACACUGUGAUAACCAUUCCGUUUGUGUGCUAACAUUCAAACAGCCAUUGCAGAUUAGGCAGCUAUUUGCACGUAAGGCAAUGCGCUGUUCCCCAGAGGGAAGCCAUGCUGUUGACCUUUUCCUCCAGCAUCAGCAGCAAAUGUUCACGUUUUACUGUCAGUGAAGUGUGAUGACGGGGGGGGGGGGGGCUUGUUCGACAUAUGGGUAUAGACUAUAUAGACCAUAUUAUCCAAUGAUAUAGCUUUCUUUUUGUGAUUAGAAGUUAGAGUAGAAUAGAAUACCUUAAUAUCAUUGUACAUGUGUGCAACGGGACUUGAAUGCAACACUUUUUAUUUCACUAGAUUAAAACAGCUAACGAUAAAUCACAUCCAUUUCCUAAUAUUUCUGGUAUGUAUUCAUCAAUAACAGAUAAUAACCUUAAAAACCAAG